CUUUACCAACGCUUUACAUGGGCUUUACUUUUUUUGUAUCAAAAGCAGCUGUUUUCUCUUGUUAUGAAGUUUCGAGAAAAAACAAGAAAGUUACGAAAGUUUCCACGAACAAUCGUGCGCGUAGUUGGUCGAUUUUUCUGUUGUAACGAGAAUUUACGAUUGAUUUGCACCGGGGAAUAAAUCAAUCACGUUAUCCGAAAGGACAUGGCUGCGGAGAAUACAGUAGCGGAAGCAAUGGCGACUGAAAUGCCAACACCGAAAAUAAAACACGACUGGUAUCAAACGGAUUCCCAUGUCGUUGUAACUAUUCUCGCCAAAAAUGCCGAGAAUGUUAAAGUUUCGUAUACCGAGACCACUCUGAGCGUAUCUGCUCAUCUUCCAUCCGGUAACGAUUAUAGUUUGGAAAUUGAUCUUGCGCAUCAUAUAGUCCCUGAUCAAUGUUCGUACAAAGUAUUACCUUCCAAAAUUGAGGUGAAACUCAAGCAACGCGAUUGUAUUCGAUGGAACUCAUUAGAGGGUGUUCCGAGUGAACAGGAACCUGUACAGCCUAUUCCUCAAGAAAUCCUCCAAGCUAGUGCCGAUCCGCCAAAGUAUCCGAGUUCCAGCAAAAAAGUACGAGAUUGGAACAAGGUUGAAAAAGAAAUAGAAAAAGAGGAAGCAGCCGAAGAACCCGAAGGAAAUGCAGCUUUAAUCGCCUUAUUUCAAAAAAUUUAUAAUUCGGGUAGCGACGAAGUGAGACGAGCAAUGAACAAGUCAUAUCAAGAAUCAGCUGGAACAGUACUGAGCACAAAUUGGUCAGAGGUUGGAAGUUCACAAGUAAACAAAAAACUACCUGGUGGAGUGGAAUGGAAAUCGUGGGAAUCCUGAACAAUUAUGGAAAUAAAAAUUUUAUGAAAGUCUUGCAAAAUUCAACAGUUAAAAUACCAGUUGGUCAAUGUGUCAUGGUACUAAAGAGACCUGAACAGAAGUGCACACCUGGAGGAUAUACUCAUUAACAAUCUUUUUAUUUUACCGUUUAUUUACAUGUAUAAUCGUAAUAAUAAAGAUAUGAAAUAAAUUUUUUUCUAUUAGCAAA